CUCUUUGGAAUAGUCUAAUUCAACAUUCAGGCUUUGAGCGCAUAAGACCCCUGUACAACAAACAAUUUCCACUUGAAGUGCGACUCGUUUGCGCUGCAUGGAUCGAAAACCGAAUGAAGGAAGAGUCAUUCGUAGACAUCGAUGAUCCGCAAAUUGAACUGAAUGCCUCACAGUUCUUGCACGCAUUAAUUCAGGAGGUGCAAAAUGAAAAACAGAAACUGAACCGGGUUGAACAGCUUUCGAUAAAAUGUCGAUUGGAUGAAUCAAUUCAAACAUUCACCCAGCAGUUGUACUGUCCAUUUGUAAUUUAUAAGCAUAUUCGAGAUACCAUUUCGUACGAGCAAAAUUUGAUUGAAAAUGUUUGUGGCGGUCAGCAAACCAUAGAUCCGGAAGCCGCUGACAUCAAUAACAAAUUGAAAGAAUUGACCAUCCAAAUGCAGAUCAAUAAGGGAAAGCAGACCGAGUACAGACAUGAAGUUGAAAAUUGCAAAUUACUUAACUGCAGCGAUAAAAUUCGACAGAAACAACGCUUUCUCGUAGACCGUGCAACCAAUUUGUAUCAGAGCUUUGAAAGUACGAUUGACAAAAUUGAUGCCGUCCAGGUGGUCAUUGUGAAUCGGCUCGGUAAAUGGAAACGUGAUCAAGCAUUGGCUGGUAACGGCGCACCGUUGAAUGGAGACACUUUGGACGAAAUUCAGAGGUGGUUUGAGGCAUUGGGCAAGGUUAUUUUGAAUACGCGACUUUGUAUUGACGCGACACACGAAUUAAACGUCGGCCUUCCAAUGGCCAUGAACAUGGAAGAUGUGAUGAGGAAAAUUACAGCCUUGCUGCAAAAUUUAAUCGUAUCGGGAUUUAUUGUCGAGAAGCAACCACCGCAAGUGAUGAAAAGAAACGUUAGAUUCUCUGCAACCGUUCGACUCCUAACUGCCGAUUUUCACAAGAGCAAUCCAUCUGUCGUCGUGUCCAUUUUAUCAGGCAAGUCAAAAUGCAUUUGGAUGUGAAAGGUUUUGACAUAUUAAAACGGAAAUUUAUUUCUUUUAGAGUCUAUGUGCCAGGCCCGGCAACAGCAUCACCUUAAGCCGUCAGAUGAAACUUCCGGCGAAAUUAUUAACAAUACUGGCAAUCUAGAAAUGCAACAGUCGACACAACGUUUAUCGUGCAAUCUAGGGAACAUGCAAUUGAAAAAUAUCAAACGAGCCGAAAAGAUCGGAACUGAAUCAGUCACGGACGAAACGUUUGUCUUACUCUUCAAAUCAACCUUCCAAAUGGCCGGCAUUCAAAUCAACGUCUGGGUCAAGUCGAUCCCCAUAGUUGUAAUCGUUCAUAGCAAUCAGGAACCACAAUCUUGGGCCACAAUAACCUGGCAGAAUGCAUUUUCCGAAUUUAGUCGUGUACCAUCUCAAAUGGUCGAUAAAGUUAAUUGGUCGCACUUGGCCAAUGCAUUGAACAUGAAAUUCACAUGCCAGACUGGCAGAGGUUUAACGGCCGAAAGUUUGUAUUAUUUAUGUGAAAAAGCUUUCCGAACAACCAUCAAUUUCGAUCCGAAUGACCAACCAAUAUCAUGGUCUCAAUUCUGCAAGGACCCUUUGCCGGAACUAGCGUUCACAUUUUGGGAUUGGUUCUAUGCUGUUACGAAAUUGACCAGAGAUUAUCUACGAGGUCCGUGGAUCGACGGUUCAAUUAUCGGCUUCGUAAAUAGACGUGAAACCGAGAAAAAGCUGUUACAAUGUCCACCUGGAACGUUUCUAUUGCGUUUCGCAGACAGUCAGCUCGGUGGCAUAAGCAUUUCUUGGGUUGAAAAUGCUGCAAAUCCACGAGUGGUUAGUUUGCAACCAUUUUCUUGGAAAGAUUUUACAAUUCGAUCGUUGGCAGAUUGCAUCAAAGAUCUGGAUCAAUGUGUGACUCUAUAUCCAGACAUACCGAAAGACAAUGCCUUCGGAAAAUAUUACAGUGAUGCAGGAGAAACGGCUAACGGUUACGUGAAAUCGAUUUUGAAGAUGACGGUUCCUGAUGACACUCAUCGGAUGCUGAAUCAUCCGAAUACGCCACAGCAUAGCAGACGACAAUCACCAGUUCACACAAAGGAUACGGAGCUUAGACAAUGCUACCAAGGUUUGACGAAAUCAACGAAUGCUUGGAUGAAUUAA